AUGGCCGCCCAGUCAAAGCUGCUGCCGCCCGACCGUUCCGUCAAACAGAUCCUCUCCAGCCUCACCUCCCUCUACCUCCGACACCGUACCCGUAUCUCCCGCGCUGUGUACCUUGCCCUCUUCGCUGCGCUUGCCAAGCGAAUACAUAAUGCCAUAUCCGAGCAGAAGGCUGCAUCGCAGCAGAUAGAGCUGCGGAGGCGACAGCCCGGCACCAGCAGUCUCGGCGAUGAGGAGCAGCCGCGGAAGAAGCGGGUGGAAAUCAACCGGGAAUUCUUCAAACACCUAUUUCGUCUCUUGAAGAUUGUAAUCCCUGGAUGGCGCAGCAAAGAGCUCCGGCUCCUGGUGAGCCAUAGUGUCUUCCUCGUGCUGCGAACGUUGCUCAGCCUGUAUGUCGCCGAGUUGGACGGCCGGCUGGUGAGCAACCUCGUGCGGGGCAAGGGGAAGGACUUCUUGUUGGGCCUGGUGUGGUGGAUGAUUGUUGCAAUACCCGCAACCUUUACAAACUCUAUGCUUUCUUACCACCAAUGCAAACUUGCCUUGAGCUACCGGAAACGCUUGACCGACUAUAUACAUGACAAAUACCUCUCUAAUAUGACAUUCUACGCCAUCUCCGCUUUGGACGAUCGGAUUAAGAACCCCGAUCAGCUUGUCACGGUGGAUGUGUCGCGGUUCUCCGAUAGCUUGGCCGAGCUCUACUCCAACCUCGCCAAGCCGAUCCUCGACAUGUGCAUCUAUAACUAUUCCCUAUCAAAGAAUGUUGGUGGGGAAGGAUUGUUCAUCAUGAGCUUGCUUGUGCAGCUAUCUGCUAAUGUCAUGCGCAUGCUGACACCUCCGUUCGGCAAAUACGUCGCUGAUGAGGCCAGACUUGAGGGUGAAUUCCGCUUCCUCCACUCAAGGCUCAUCGACUACAGCGAGGAAGUUGCUCUCUAUCACGGUCAUGAGGCCGAAAAGGAUACCUUGGACAAGGGUUACUUCACCCUUAUCAAGCAUGUAAACCGCAUUUUGCGCCGGAGACUUUACCAUGGUUUCAUGGAGGACUUUGUUAUCAAGUACUUCUGGGGCGCUCUUGGGUUGGUUCUCUGCAGUCUACCCGUUUUCUUUAAGAUUCCCGGUCAAGUUACACAGACUAUGGGGGAUCGCACCGAAAGCUUUGUCACAAAUCGACGGAUGUUGCUUUCCUCGUCGGAUGCCUUUGGCCGUCUGAUGUUCUCUUACAAGGAGAUCUCCGAGCUGGCCGGCUUCACUUCUCGUGUCUCGUCUCUGCUUGAGGUCAUGGACGACUUGGUCGCUGGACGAUUCGAGAAGAAGUUGGUCUCAUCUGCAUCUACCGAGGAAAACGCCGCUGUUCUCUCUGGUCGCGGCGAGGUCAUGGAAAGCGACUCAAUCGAGUUUAUUGAUGUUCCGAUCGUAUCACCAAACGGCGACGUUCUUGUUCGUAAGCUGUCAUUCACCGUGAACCCGGGCGACCACCUCCUGAUUGUCGGACCGAAUGGAUGUGGCAAGUCCUCUCUUUUCCGCAUUCUGGGUGGACUCUGGCCAGUCUACGGAGGCUCGGUGAAGAAACCUCGCUUCGAAGACAUUUUCUACAUCCCGCAGCGACCCUAUUUGUCCCGUGGGACUCUUCGACAGCAGGUCAUCUAUCCCGAUGGCGUGCGCGAGAUGCGUGCCAAGGGCGUGACUGAUGCUGACCUACAUGAGGUUCUCUCCGUGGUUGAGAUUGCAUCUGUUGUCAACCGACCUGGCGGCUGGGACGCCGAGGAGGAAUGGCGGGACGUACUGUCGGGUGGUCUGCAGCAGCGCAUUGCCAUGGCCCGGCUCUUCUAUCACCGCCCCAAGUUCGCCAUUCUGGAUGAGUGUACCUCUUCGGUCACCUUGGAGAUCGAGAAGGUCAUGUACGAGACGGCCAAGAAACUUGGUAUCACGUUGAUGACCGUCUCGCACCGACGCAGUCUCUGGAAAUACCACCAGAAGAUUCUGCAAUUUGAUGGCCAGGGCAGUUACAUUUUCACAGGGCUCGACUGGGAGCGACGAUUGAAACUGGAAGAGUAUGUAUCCCCCGCGACCCCUUUUACUUUCGUAGGCUUUGGAACUAUACUGACUCGGAUCCCGUUUCCCUCACAGUGA